CGGCCGAGGCAGCGCACUUUGCAAACAAGUCCCUAUCUUAUCUUAACUCCGCUAAGUUUGCUAUUUUAAGGUUACUCUGCGAUGCCUUGAGCAAAUCAAAGCUGAGCUCCUGUCAUCAGUAUAGUAUCUCCUGCAGUUGGAAACUAUUUUCAUGUGCCUCCGGCUCGCUUUCCCGUCAUAUGCAAUAUUUAUGCUCUAAGAUAUUGAUAUGAAUCGGUGUCUGAAGUGGCAUUUCCAGUGGCGUUCACUGGCCUGGUUGGAAAAAUGCCAUGUUUAUUUAGAAUAAGAUGAAUAUUUCUUAAAAAAAAAAAGUUAUAAUCAACUCAUGGAUUCAUAUUUUGAUUCCUUGUUUCACUGUGCUCUGUCGAAGGUUUUUUCCUUGUUUAUCAGCUGCAUAAUGCAAACACGCACACAGGAAUGAAUACCCUGUUGUUUGGCUUUAGAUGCUUUUAAAAGAGAUUUCUGGAAGGAGACGUUUCCCUGCUACUUGUGGUGUUGGAAUACUGACGCUGUAGCUAAUGCCCCGUAGAGCAGGGUUUGCAGUCAAUCUGAGUAAUCCAAGAAAUGGUUAAAUUCCAUGUACAGCAGAGACAACAGGAUGAACCAUGAGAAUAGAGUUUAUGCAGGACUGUGAACUGCUGCUGCUGCCGCCGCUGCUGCUGCUGCUUGUGUAAAAAUAGACGGCAAUACAUCAAAUCCACAGCUUCUGCUGGCUACAAUUCAUAAAGGAAAAAAUAAAAAAGGCAAGCAGCCCCGUGGUAAUCUCUGGAGUAUAAUGUGAGGUUUGAGGAUUUCUGCAUAUUUGCAUUCAGCAAAAUGGAGCAUUACCUGAAAGUUUGGGCAACUUGCGAAGCGAGGCAAACUUUCUUUGGACCCCAUGAAGAGGAAUCCCAAAUACAGACCUGCUCAAGAGGUGCACCUUCAGCAGCUCUCGCUUGCAUUGUUUGCGCUGCUCUGGUUGGUGAAGACCAGCCUCUUUGCCCAGAUCUCCCAGAACUUGACCUCUCUGAACUAGAUGUGAAUGACCUGGAUGCAGACAGCUUUCUGGGAGGAUUCAAGUGGUACAGCGACCAGUCAGAGAUCAUCUCCAAUCAGUACAGCAAUGAACCCGCCAAUAUAUUCGAGAAACUAGAUGAAGAGAGCGAGGCAAACUUGCUAGCAGUUCUCACAGAAACGCUGGACAGCAUCCCUGUGGAUGAGGAUGGAUUGCCUUCCUUUGAUGCACUGACAGAUGGAGAUGUGACCAACGAAAAUGCCGCUAGCCCCUCCCCAGUGCCCGACGGCGCCCCUCCGACCCAGGAGGCAGAAGAGCCGUCUCUACUUAAGAAGCUCUUGCUGGCUCCAGCCAACACUCAGCUAAAUUACAAUGAAUGCAGUGGUCUCAGCACACAAAACCAUGCAAACACUAAUCACAGGAUCAGAACAAGCCCUGUGGUUGUUAAGACUGAGAAUUCAUGGAGCAAUAAAGCGAAGAGCAUUUGUCAACAGCAAAAGCCUCAGAGACGCCCCUGCUCUGAACUUCUCAAAUAUCUGACUACGAAUGAUGAUCCUCCUCAGACCAAACCAGCAGAGAACAGGAACAGCAGCAAAGAGAAAUGCACCUCCAAAAGGAAGCCCCAUCUGCAGUCUCAGACAAAUCAUCUGCAGGCCAAACCAACAAGUUUAUCACUUCCAUUGACACCCGAGUCACCAAAUGAUCCCAAGGGUUCCCCAUUUGAGAACAAGACUAUUGAACAAACCUUAAGUGUGGAACUCUCUGGAACUGCAGGCCUAACUCCACCUACGACCCCUCCUCAUAAAGCCAACCAAGAUAAUCCUUUUAGGACUUCACCUAAACUGAAGUCAUCAUGCAAGACUGUUGUACCACCUUCAAAAAAGCCCCGCUGUAGUGAGUCUUCCGGUUCUCCAGGAAAUAACCCAGCCAAGAAGGGUCCAGACCAGUCUGAGCUGUACACACAGUUUAACAAGACUACCGUACUGUCCAGUGGACAUGAGGAGAGAAAGACAAAACGGCCCAGUUUGCGGCUGUUUGGUGACCAUGACUACUGUCAAUCUGUGAAUUCAAAAUCGGAAAUACACAUUAAAAUAUCCCAGGAACUUCAGGACUCCAGACAACCAGAAUUUAAGGAUUCUUCACCUGGGUGGCAGUGUCAGAUUUGUUCUUCUUUAGAACAAGACCAGUAUUUCAAGAAAGAGACUUUACAGACAAAUAAGCAGGGAUCCCAUGGUAAUAACAGAAAACAGCUCCAAGACCAGGAAAUUCGGGCUGAACUGAAUAAGCAUUUUGGUCACCCCAGCCAAGCUGUUUUUGAUGAAGAAGCAGAUAAGAGCAGAGAACUAAGGGACAGUGAUUACAGUAAUGAACAAUUCUCCAAACUACCUAUGUUUAUAAAUUCAGGACUAGCAAUGGAUGGUCUGUUUGAUGACAGUGAAGAUGAAAGUGAUAAACUAUGCUACCCUUGGGAUGGGACACAAGCCUAUUCAUUAUUUGAUGUAUCACCUUCUUGCUCUUCUUUUAACUCUCCAUGCAGAGAUUCAGUGUCUCCACCCAAAUCCUUAUUUUCUCAAAGAUCCCAAAGGACACGCUCUAGAUCAAGGUCCUUUCCUCAACGCAGGUCUUGUUCCCGUUCUCCAUAUUCCCGAUCGAGAUCAAGGUCACCCUGUAGUAGAUCCUCUUCAAGAUCUUGUUGCUAUUGUGAGUCCAGCCACUGUAGACACCGAGCACACAGAAGUUCUCCCUUAGGUGGAAGAUCGCGGUCCAGAUCGCCGUGCAGUCGCAGACCCAGAUAUGACAGCUAUGAGGAAUAUCAGCAUGAAAGGCUGAAGAGGGAAGAAUACCGCAAAGAGUAUGAAAAACGGGAAUCUGAAAGGGCCAAGCAAAGGGAGAGACAGAGGCAGAAAGCAAUUGAAGAACGUCGUGUGAUUUAUCUGGGUAAAAUCAGACCUGACACAACCCGAACUGAACUGAGGGACCGGUUUGAAGUUUUUGGUGAAAUUGAGGAGUGCACAGUAAAUUUGCAGGAUGAUGGAGACAGCUAUGGUUUCAUCACCUACCGCUAUACUUGUGACGCCUUCGCUGCUCUUGAGAAUGGAUACACUUUACGCAGGUCAAACGAGCCUGAUUUUGAACUGUACUUCUGUGGACGCAAGCAGCUUUGCAAGUCUAACUAUGCAGACCUAGAUUCAAACUCAGAUGAUUUUGAUCCUGCUUCUACUAAAAGCAAGUAUGACUCCAUGGAUUUUGAUAGUUUACUCAAAGAGGCACAGCGGAGCCUGCGUAGGUAACAAGCAUGUCAUCCGAAGAAAACAAAGGGAUGGCGAAUACCUCACGGACAUCACGUCCUUCAAUAUUGGACAACUGCAAAGUCGUACUUAGGAAUUUCUCCUACUUUACACUCUCUGUUCAAAACCAUGGUUUACAUGAACACAGCUGCUCGAGGAGUGGAGGGGCAGGGUGCUGCCCAGCAAGCACACGCGUGGCCAUGGGUGUCAGCCGCGCUCUGGCGGGGGAGCCGGGCGUCCCUGGCGAGUUCAAUGCAAAUCACGAGACAUGGCAGCAGUUCCACAGAGAUACACGUACAACGAUGAACUGCAAAAUCUGUAAAUAGUGCAUUUUAACAAAAAAAGAACAAAAACAAACAGAGAAAAAAACCCCAGUGUGAGAACUACGGCUGCUGAUGUCUGGGGAUCAGACACUGCAUAUUUUUUUUUGUAAAGAAGCUUCUUCUCACGGUGAUAAUAUGACAAUCCAGAAGAAACCACAGGUCCCAGAAGCCUGUAAUCUGUCUUAGCUUUGUUUUAAGAUUGUUCUUUUUUUGGUUGGUUUGUUUUUUGGGUUUUUUUGUGGAUUUUAUUUUGCAGAAAAGAAAAUUAAAAGGCUCAAGCUUCCCUAACAUUUUGAAGUUUCAUCUUUUAAUUCUGACACCCAUGUAAAUGUCUACAACAUUGAUCUUCCACAGCAGAAUUUUCAAAGCCUUGUUAAUGGUCAAAUGUGCAGCUUGUUCAGCGAUUUAUUCUAAUGAGCGGACGUGGUGUUACAUUAUUAAUGAGAGUUGGAUAUAACUAUCUGGGUGUGUGCACAGAUAGUUUAUUUGCUACAUUCUCUAAAGUAGUUGAGUAUUUACAAAUGUUAAAUGGAGUAUUUUUAUUUAUGUACAUACUGUAUGACGAUGUUCUUUUUUGUUACAGCUAUGCACUGUAAAUGCAGCCUUCUUUUCAAAAAACUGCUGAAUUUUUCUUAAUCAAGAAUACUCAAAUGUAAUUAUAUGAGGUGAAACAAUUAUUGUACACUAACAUAUGUAGAAAGCUGAACCUACGCUUAUAUAUAUUUGAUUGUAAAAAAAAAGAGAAAAUCGUGUGGGUGAGGGUGUGAGUGUGCAUAUGUGUGCAUGUGUGUCUGAGUGCAAAAAUGCAUUAUACACAUUCAUCCCUUCUUUGGUGAGCUUAUAUAAGAAUUUUGUCAAGAAUUAUCCUAGCCCAAAAGAUAUUAGCCACCUUCUGCAGUAUUUUUCCACAUUUUUCUCAUUGCUUGAUUUUCCUUUGCAGUUUUAUACACUGAAUUUGUUAGGGGAAUGAAAUUUUCUCAUCUAAAUUUUUCUAGAAAAUAUCAUAAUUUUAUGUAAAGUCUCUCAAAUGGGUAAUCAUUAAGAAAUGGUUUUAUUUUAUGUAUCAACAGUAGUUUUGGAACUAGAGGUCAAAAAUCUUUUUAAAAUGCUAUUUUGUUUUAAUUUUUGUGAUUUUAGUUUGAUAAAAAUAUGCUGAGGUACUAAGUACAGUAUGAUUUUUACUGUAAUUCUGUGUCUAAACACUGUUCUUGAAGCCAGUAAUCUUUUCAUUGGCAGAGUUUAAUGAUGGUAUUUAUCUAUAUUUUUUACAGUUAUGCAUCCUGUAUAAAUACCAAUCCUUCAUUCCUUUGUUUACUAAAGAGACAUAUUUAUCAGUUAUAAUUAUCCUAUUUAUUAUAAAUUAUGAGAUGACUAAAAGAAUAAAAAGGCCAGUGGAAAUUUUAUACCUAGGAUGCAUGAUGGUUGUCAGUUUGGAGUAAGCAAGUGCUUUGUUUGAAAAUUCCGCUUUUGCAGAAGCAGUGGGUUGGUUUGGGUUUUUUUCCUUUUUUUUUUACUAUGCACUAGCAUGGCCUCAAAUGUGCCCAUGACAUUGUUGCUGAUGACAUUGCUUCUGUUAAAUUAAAUAGAAAUUUCAGGAAAGAAAAAAACCACAAGAGUAUAAACUACUGCUAUUCUGAGCAUCAGAAUUUCAUCUGAACUCGGAGUCUCUACUGAAUCAGCAAAGUUUGGAAUUUGCUUGUGAAUGUAUAGAUUUCUUAUUCUAUUUCUCUUUGGCAUUCAUGACUCCUCUUAAAGGUAUGGCACACCUAACUAUUUAAUCUACCUUCCCACUCCAAAUCUUAGAAAACUGAUUCUACCCCCAUACCAGUGCAGUUGAUUCUGAUGGCUGCAUUCAUUUUAUCACCAGCAUAUUGUGUUCUGAGAGAUUCCAUGUCUGUCGUGUCGGAUGCUUGCUUGAUUUUUUGGCUUCUUAUUUCUCAGUAGAUAGAUAGCAAUAAAACAAAAAAAAAAAAAAAAAAAGAAAAGAACUUUUCUGGAAGUUCUGUGUUACAAAUGUAACAUCCUUUACUCUGCAUAAUUCUUGUUGUUGCUCUGUAGGUUAAAAAUGCAGGUAUUUUAACUUUGUGUGAAUGCCAAACUAAAAGUUUACAAUUUUCCUUUCUGGAUUUUGAGUAUCUUCUGUUGUAAAGAAAAAUAUUAAAAGCAAUAAAUUAUUUUUAAGAAAUCAAUAUUUAGUAUAUCAUAUUAUGUGUUCUAGGACCAGAUGCAUUACCUAUUUUGCCUUUACAUUUCUGUCAUUAAAUUUUAAAAUGUUCUCUUUUGCCCUAGAUUGCUGACAUUAAGAAAUUGGUGUGGGGUUUGUGUGGGGGCAUUAUUUAUUUUUCACCAAGCACACAUAAUGAAGUGAGUCAAAUUUUUUUUUCACUGGCCUGGCAAACAUUUUCAUCUUGAAGAUGGCUUUCCUCUGUGGAUUUACGAAUUACAUAUGAAAUUAAUAGAGCUAGGAUUGCUGAAUAAAGCUAUUUGGAUCUUUCAUAGACACUGUGGUAGGAAAUCCAUCAAAAUAUAAACUCAGUGUUUACUUUUCUUUUUUUCUUCCCCUAGAACAUUUCAAAUUAGCACAUGUACCACAUUGUCACCAGAGGCAAAUUGCAGUAUAGCUGUGUGUGUUUUUUAUAAGAAGACUGUACUGUUGCUUUCAUGCUGUGGUAAGUACCACAUCCACAAUACAGGUAACAGAACUGGUACUUAGGAACUGUGGUCUUUCCUAGAGCUGUAACUGAGGAAUUCCUACAGAAUGAAAAAUUGUCUAAAUACUAAUCCAAGCAGAGGGAGCCUAAAGUUGAAGAAAAAUAUCUGUGCUAAACUACUCUGAAAAGCAGUUAGGCUGCCAUCACCAAGAGCAGCCCUGAGAGGAAAGUUUGUGCCUCUGGGAUAAUAAUACUUGGGUCAGUUAAAAAAAAAAAAACAAACCAACAAACACAACCACACCUCCUUCUCAUCCCUUUAGAUGUAAGCCUACAGUAGGUAAUAAUUAUGUGUCCUUCUUAAUGGCUGUAAUGAGAACUUCAAUCACUAUAGUAUAAGAUCUGAUCUAUAAAUGAACUAGAAUAGCCAUGUAAUAUAAUGUGAUGAUUCUAAAUUUGUACCUAUGUGACAGACAUUUUCAAUAAUGUGAACCACUGACCUGAUGGAGCUACUGUAAGAUUUGUACAGUAGGUGAACAUGUAAAGUUGUGGGUUGGACUAUGCUGAACAGGGGAAGUGAGAUAGUAGUUAAGCCCAAGCUGGGCUGUUUUCCAUCUGCCAAUUCUACAUGUACUUUUGUGGUUUAAUUCAUUGUAUGAAAAUUCCUGUGAUUUUUUUCUUUUUUUUUUUUUUUAAUGUGCAGUACACAUCAGCCUCACUGAGAAAAUAAAGGGAAACGAAUGUUUCAAAUCCA